AUGCCGCGUACUCGCUCGCAAGCAGGCGUGUCGCCGCUCGUUUCCCUAGACGCGCCACGUCGUACACGAAAAGUCGCGUCCUCGUCAACAACUGCCUCCAGCACACAGGAAGGAAUGGCGACCAAGCUGAAGCGCGCCCGCAAACCCAAGGCUGCAACCGCAGCAUCGCCGGAUGAGCCCGUCGACGAGAGACGCUCUAUUAUGCAAAAAAGUGAGAACCCAAACCCUACCCCAUGCCCAAAGGAACCCAAAGGCAAGGCAAGCCUAUCCAAGGACUUUACUCUUGCAACAAACAUGGAUGAAGAUGCCGACGAUGAGACUUUUUCGACAUCCAACUACAGCGCUUCGCCUUUGAACAGACAUACCUUCAAGCGCACCUUAGCAACUUUCAAGAACGCUCUAAAGAAGCCUAGUGGGUCUCUACGCCACAGAUUCAGUAACCUCCGGAGAUCGUCUCUAUUAAACAAUGACUCCAACGAAAAAAUGGUCACCUUUGGAUCCACACCCAAUACUCAGUAUUCCCUCUCCGAAAACCAGAUCCUCGACGCUGCCGCAGAGAUCCUUCUCGAUCGCAUGGAGAGCGAUACUUUCGAUCAAACUAGCCCGGCAUCUUCAUCGCUGCGCUGUCCUUGUUGUCAGGAGUCUUUGGCUUGUCCUCAAGGGCAUGACCUUAAAUCCUGGAUUCCAAAGGAAUUGAAUCAAUCUCUGAACGCUUUGCUAACUACUAUUUUUGCGGAAGGCGUUUGCGCUUCAUCUGAAGUCAAGGAAGAAUCACUCCGCAACGAACAAAGACGUCGGGCCCACGAAAGACAGCGGAGCCAGGAAAAGCCUGAUAGCUCCGAAACGGCCAAGGUGAACGGCCAAAAUCCGCCAGAGGCAACCCCGAAGCCCAAAAGUAAGAAACGCGCACGGAGCCACGAUGAGGACAAAGUGGGACCUGACGGCGAACCUGCUUCUCAACGUCCUCGCCUAGCACCUAAACCUACGCCAUACAAGCGUCGCACGACCACCCCACGACAAAAACUUACCAACGCCCAGAUCCGUCAGCGCGCCAACGACUGGGAAAAAGGCAAUCGACCGCCCUCGAUAUUUCGUUUAGACGAGGCAAUUGCUCAGCACGAAGCCGAAGAGAAGGAGGAGGCGGCGGCUCGCAAGGCUGCUCAAGAGGCAGCCGAAACCGAACGCCUUGAGAUGUUCUCACGUGCUGCGAUGGAACGGCAUGCAGUACUUGGUCAAGUCCCAGGCAAUAUGGGAAAUUCUCUAGAGAUACCCAUCUACAGUGACCUAGACCAGAAUGUCGAUACUGUCGAUACGCCACGCAUGCCUGAGGCCCCCGAAGCUCACACAACACCCGGUUCUAGCGCCUGGGGAUUUCAAGUCCGCAACUUGUUCAGUUCAGUCGGUCAUUCAAUGGGCCGUUUUGUUCCACGUUUCCGAACCGUGACAGAUCAGGCAGUCCCUUUUGCUGCUGGAGGAGGAGCAACCCCGGCUGCGAUCAACCGUGCAGUGGCAGGUGAUGAGAGCUCAACUUCUGUAAACCCCGAUGUGAUUAGCACCGCCGAAGGCGAAAGCGCUGGGGAUGACCAUGAUGAUAUGGAUCUGACCUACAGUUUGUUCCCACCAAAACUCAAGCUACCCUCCACCCCCGCUCCGCUUGGACAAUACGAGGCAAGCACUGUCGCGGCUGAGCCCGUUGACACAGCAACUUCCCUGCAGAGCUCAGCGCAAAGCAGCACAAACAGCACAAAAACACCCACCAAGAGUGCUACUGCUUCUACUCCCCAUGAACCCCCUGCAACCCAAUCUAACCAUCUUGCCGAAGUCUCCGGUAAUGAACAACAUGGUAAAGCUCACGAUGAACCAGACAUUUCACCGAAAAAACGCAAGCGCGUCCGCCCCCCUUCUCCAGAUGUGAUCCCCAAUCCUGUUGGCUCGAGCUACGGUUUGGACUUGGAUUACUUCAUGUAUUCCUCUGAAGACGAGGACGAAACCGAGCAACCCGAGCCUUCUCUAGCUGCGAGUAAGCCACCGGAGAAAAGAGUCCGCAUUGAAUCUCCUCCACGACCAACAACGACUCCUAAGGCACCCGCCCCGACUGCAGUUCGCACCGAGACCGAGGUGGCUUCGCCGUACAUUGCACCAGGCUGGAACCGCCCGACCACCACGGUUUACAAUGGAUCAUUAUUUCAGGGUAGGACCCCCACCAAUGCUUAUACCCAGGAAAUGCCUCAACCCCGUGAAGGCUGGCCACACCUCAUGAAUUCUCCCCGCGUGUUUCACCCCCAACCUUCGACUGGCUCUCUCCUAGAAAUUCGAGAGGACCAUCGAAGGAAGCAACUAUUUCGAGCAAUGGAGAACCCAUGGAUUAACGGAACUCUAGGCAAACCCAAGACGCCUCAGUUUGCGCCCACCCCUUCCCGUACCGCGCCGUUUACUUCUCUGCGCCCUUCAAUACCGCAACAAGCUGCCUCGAGCAAUGCUCAUCCUUCUACCAACAUGUUCGCACAACCGUCUAGAAUUGCUCCCCAACCGCCGUCUAUUACACCUUUUCAGCCGUCUGCUGCUCCACUACCACUUCAACCGUCUGCUGCAAUAUCGUUUCAGCCGUCCGCUAUCACUCUAGAAGCAUCUACCGUUCCCAGAGAAGACCCGAUGCAAUCUAAAAACGAACCCGAGGCCAAUGGCGUGUCCCCUCUUGAAAAUGCGGAACCUUUACCCCAGAAUAUUGAUGCAACAAAAAAGCACAAGCCAAAAUCACCUAGCAAACUGCGUAAUCCUACUCGGUUCUCAUCCAGCCCCGCGGAGUCCCCGGCCCGGGAGUCCGAGCAACACAAUGAAGGUGGCCUACGGCAAGUUUUCGGGGAAGAUGAAGCUGGCCAACAGGCUUAUGACUUGUUUCAAAGCUGCCCGAGCGGUGACCUUAGCAAGUUUAGCUGGCCCAAAUUCGCCACAGUUCCCAAUGAUGAAAUUCAACAGAUGGUCAAUGCCACCAAUUACACCAAUGGGCAUGAAGAAGAAAUUCGAGAAACAUUUCACCAGUCAUUUAAAAACUUCCAGAAAGAGCUCGACGAGGGACUGGUUGACACGGACGAGCUCUUGGAAGACCUACCUAUCUAA